AUGGGAGAGGAGAAAGCAAAGCCAGUCAUGAAUGGAGUAUGGCACACCGUGAAACCGUUUGUUAACCAAGGUGUCUCCGGUAUGCUUGCUACUUUUGUCAUCCAACCUGUUGAUAUGAUCAAGGUGAGAGUCCAACUGGGGCAAGGGUCUGCUGUAUCGGUGACGAAGGAUAUGCUCAAGAAGGACGGCGUUUGUGCUUUUUACAAGGGUCUCUCUGCUGGACUAUUAAGGCAAGCCAUAUACACCACCGCCAGACUUGGUACAUUUAGGUACUUGACAAACAAGUUCAAAGCAAAGGAGGAAGAGCCUCCUUUAUAUCAGAAAGCUUUGUAUGGGUUGACAGCUGGAGCAGUUGGAGCAUGUUUGGGAAGCCCAGCUGAUCUGGCACUGAUUCGUAUGCAGGCUGAUGCCACCCUGCACCUUGACCAAAGACGUUACACAAAUGCGUUCAAUGCUUUGCAUAGGAUCACAGCAAAUGAAGGGGUAUUGGCUCUUUGGAAAGGUGCUGGCCCAACUAUUUUAAGGGGAAUGGCAUUAAACAUGGGAAUGCUUGCCUCUUAUGAUCAGAGUUUUCUGUUAUUUAAGGAUAAAUGGUGUUUUGGUGAGGGUGCUGCAAUGACGGGUGCAAUUUUUGUAUCAGGGUUCUUUGCUGCAGCCUGCAGUUUGCCUUGCGAUUAUGUCAAAACUCAAAUUCAGAAUAUGCAGCCCAAUGCAGAAGGGAAAUACCCUUACACUGGAUCUUUGGAUUGCGGUAUGAAAACCCUCAAAUCUGGAGGACUUUCCAAAAUCUACAAAGGAUUCGUUGUAUAUUAUGCUAGGAUUGCCCCUCAUGUCAUGAUGACAUGGAUCUUCCUCGAUCAAAUUCAAAAACUAGAAAGAAGGCUGGAUGAUAAUACUUUACUUACGGAAAAUAGAGAAUCCAUAUGA